AUGGGUGAAAUUGUGUCGGAGGACCACGUCGUUCAGGAGCUAGUCAGAUCCUUAGAGCAAAUACCCAUCGGCGUCGCGGAUGUUUUGACGGUUCUACAGCGGUUGUGCUCAGAGCACGACCCCACGGCAAUGUCCGCCGUGCUGCGCCAUGCCCAGACAUACGCGCACGACGACUUGCCCCGCCUGCGCCGCCUCGUGCGUCUCUCCAUGCGCCCCUUCGAAGCCGCGUGUCAUUACCCUCUCGCUAACUUCCCCGCAGUUAUGCAAGAGCUGGCGGCGUCAUUUCCCAAGGACGAGAAGGAGGUGGUGGCAAUCAGAGGCGCACACCAGCACAUCGACGAAUUGGUCACCAGAACGCACGUCGUUCUGCAGCCACGCCCCGUGCAGCAGCAGGAGGAGCAGGAGCAGCCGGUGCAGGACCAACAGGAGCAGCAGGAGGAGCAGGAGCAGGUGCAGCAGCAGCAGGUUGAGGGUGCGUUCCUGCUGGCGAAUGGCGACGGUUUGCAGCAGACGAAUGGAGAUGUGAAGUGGCAGGGUAACGGGGAUGUGAAGUGGGAGGCGGAUGGGGGCGUGCAGAAGGAGGCUCUGCCGUUUAUUCAAACCACGUCUCCAUCCCUCCUCUCUUUCCUCGGUCACCUCGGCCAUCUCGCCAGCACCGUGGUCAAGGCCUCUGACAGCUACCUUCAUCUCAACCAGCAGUUGGCGCACAUGCUUCAGCCCUCUCCCUUCCUGGACUCAGCAGCAGCGCUUUCAAGUUUACAGGAGAAGUUUCAGCUGCUGCAUCCCUCUGGUGACGAAGCUGUCAGUUUUGGUUGCUCUUCCAGUUGUUUGCUUCCUGCUCAAAGCCCGGCUUUCAGGCUUUCAUGGGCUUUGGUAUUCAAUGGUUCUUAG